CCCUCCCCGCCAUGGCAUUUUCCCAGUUGGGCUACCAGUACAUCCGCCCGCUCUACCCGACGGACCGCCAAGGGAACGGCGGCGGCGGCGGCGGCGGCGGUUCUCGCAACGGGGCCGAGCUCAGCCCGGCCGGUUCGCUCUGCGGCGUUUUAUCUUCCAUGUACGGCGCGCCUUACGCGGCAGCCGCGGCUGCUCACGGCUACGGGGCCUUCCUGCCUUACGCGGCCGAGCUUCCCAUCUUCCCGCAGCUGGUAAGGAAAAGAACGCGCCUCCCUACGGAGUUCGAUUCCCAGUAA